UCAGGCUGUACACACUACUGUACUGCUGUAAUGAACUCUCUCCUGUAGUGCACACACAGUCGGACUAUCACGUCUCUCUUUAUUAUUAUUUUUAUGAUUAUUUUUAUUAUUGAAGAGUCUCUCUGUAGUUCCUUUACAUCUAAACGGACUUUACGAGGCAGGAUGGAAAAUGAGUGCAAGCUCACUAAACCUUGAGGACUAGCCUAUCGAGGGCAGAACUGCGGUGCGAAUUCUGGUCCUGAGAUGCCCCAAGACCCUGCGAAAGACACCAUGACCAUUCCAGAUUGCCCCUCUCUCGCCGUCAAAGCCAACAACAACAACAAGAACGACCCGCCGCCUUCGGUAUCCAUCCCUCUGGUGAACGAGGGACCUCUGACGGCGGCGACGGGCGGCACCGAGCUCUCGUGUUUCCGCUGCACCCUGCCGUUCGGCGUGGUCGUGCUGAUCGCCGGCAUCGUGGUCACGGCCGUGGCCUACAGCCUCAACUCGCAUGGCUCCACCAUCUCGCAGUUCGGCCUGGCGCUGCUGUCGGCCGGCGUGGCCCUUCUAGGCCUCAGCGCCGCUUGCUGGAAGCUCCGCAACGAAAAGAAGAAGGAGGAGCGGAGAAGGGAAAGCCAGGCAGCGCUCGUCACCAACAACAGACCCGUCUGAUUUUUUUAUUGGUUUACUUUUUUUGGAAUUUAAACUGCUGGUAGGAAAAGACGCUGAAGGGCCACAGGAGCGACUUUACCUGAUGUUUUAGGAGUCUGACUUGCUAAAAUAACAGACUUUAGAUACUUUAAAGCAUCAGAAAAAUUUUUCUUGAUGACGUGAGUUUUCAGACUGUCAGGAAGGUCUUACCUUGAUUACUUUGGGCUUCAGUUUUAGGAACAUCCUUCUUUGAUGGGUCUGGAUUAUUUACCCCCUCACGAUGCCCCAGGACUCAUGACAGUCUCUUGACUUUCCAGGAACAUCUUCUCAGAGCGUAAACAAGAACAUGAUAUUAGACCAAGGUCACAUGUGGCGUACUUAGACUCUCUAGGAUCUCGAGUUGUUUGUCCAAGGUGAUCUUGGAAUAUUUAGGGUGACAAAAGAUCUACAUUAGCAUCACCAUUAGUGUCUUCAGACUACACUGAGUAUCAAGAACGUAUGUAAUUUAGAUCUUAAUUUGUCAAUAAUGACUUCAAACCCAAAAACCAUGCUGGCGUUUUACUCAUGUAGCUGCUGCUAAAACUGUAAGGCUCUCAGGACAGCUUGAAGCCAGACGUUGAACCAUAAAUGCCUGAGCCUGAGCUAAAAGCUUGAAUCUUUGGAUAAGUAAGGAUUAAAUUAAGAACCUGAGCCCAGGAUACAUAAUGUGAGUUUUUUUUGUAUUAUUAUUAUUAUUUUUUUAUACAUGCUAAACCCUGGUGAAACUAACUAUGUAAUAUCUGUAAUGUUUAUCCUGUAAGACCAACGAAUCUGGGCUCAGGUCCAUAAAGAGUUAGCAGAAAGAAGAAAUCCAUGCCAGAAAGCAAGACACCCAUCCUCUUUCAGUCCGGGGAUUUCCCAACUUCAGUCAAGGAAGCCAAACGGCCAAAUUUUACAAGGGCUGGAGAGACCGCGCUCCAGUCGACGUCCCAUUUUUAAUUCAAACAUUUUUAAUUCAGAGAACAGCCAGAAAAACUAAAAGACAGUCAAUAAGCUAUGAAAGGGAAUACGAGGGAUAUGGUUUUGGAGGCCCUAAUCCAUGAAGGGGUCUAGAAAGGUGAUUUGAAGACACAUACUGUUUCCAGAUGUUCAGCCAGAGUCAUAGGACACUGACCUUUCUAACGAAACCCUCGUAACGCAACCCGGCUUUGAAGAAGAGCGGCAGGAUUUUUAUUCCUUCCUUCCGUCCUCGCCCGUUCCCUCUCUAAUACGAAGCAGAUUGUUCGCAUCUGUUUCGUCGGGCGUUCGGCCAAACGCAGAGCGCCAGGAUGAAGACGACUAGCUGCAGUACGAACCCCGGGGAGGAAGAAUCCCGUUCAUUUAUCUCUGUUUUGUCUGUAUUUCUUUCUUUCCCGAACGAUUUUUCUCAUGGUUUCUGAGAGUGUUACGCUCUGCACUGUAGAGAAAUCAACAGACUGGACAGAUUCCUGCAAAGAAACAGAAAAUAAAAAGGGCACCUCCCUUCUUUUUAAGUGAACGAUUCUUGCACUUUUUUGCAGUGAACACGUGGUACUAAUACAAAGUUAAGUGAUUGAAGGACUUCAGAGAUGUUGUAUGUACGUGUCUCUUUAUUGCUGCGUUUAUUAUUAUUAUUAUUAUUAUUAUUAAAUCUUUAUAACCAUGUGACUCCAGGCACAAAACAAGUGUCCUCGAAAGUAUAAUACAUGAUAAUACAAUAAAUCAU